UCUCUCUCUCUCUCAGUCUCUCCCCUUCCAUCUUCUCUCUUCCAUUCAUGGGGUUCCCCUCUCCGGUUCCCAGGGUCGUGACGGAAACAACCAGCAAACAAAAACCCAUCCCUAUUCCUCGUCACUCUCGUAUCUCUCAUUCACACAUCGUCCUCUUCCCAAGACCCAACUCAAAACCCUAAUGCGAGAGCAGACGACCGCCACGACUCCUUGAUGAUGGAGUGACAGACACAACCAGCAUCCUCGUCUCCUUCUCUCAUGGUGGCAGGUAACACUGUUGAGAUGGUGCUGUUUCAGGAUAGCGUUAAAUUUGCUCGAUCCGGCCCUGAAAACUCCAGGGCAAAUCUCCGCCAUUUGGAAAAUGGGAAGGCAACAGACAAUAUCGUCAAAGUACUGAAAGGCCAGCGUGUUGGCACUCUAUUUCACAAGGAUGCUCAAUUAUGGGCUCUAGCUAAAGAAACUGGUGCACGUGAGAUGGCAGUUGCUGCAAGAGAGUGUUCUAGGAUGCUUCAGGUUAUUUUCUUCUCAAUUGUAUAUGUAGAUGAUCUACUAAUUAGUGGUGAUGAUGAGGAUGGAAUUAAACUUUUAAAGCACAAACUGGAUGCAGCCUUUACUUGCAAAGAUCUAGGGCAGAUGAGAUACUUUCUUGGGAUGGAAGUUUCAAGGACUGCACAAGGCACCAUGUUGAAUCAAAGAAAGUUCAUUUUGGACAUUCUUAGCAAUGCAGGAAUGGAGGAUUGUAAACCCUGCAAAUUUCCCUUUCCUAGAGGUCUAAGACUAUCAAUUGAUGAAGGAGAAGUUUUACCAGAUCCUGAAUUCUACAGAAGCCUAAUUGGAAAGCUUCUCUAUCUUAAUCUUACAAGACCUGACAUAUCUUAUUCUGCCUAG